UUCCUGCUCGAGCUGUCUAGCUGUCACCUCAACAACACAGCAACAACCUGGUUCUACAGUGUUACAUCUGAGGAGACCAGUGAAUAACAGAUACUAUGGAACUCUCUGAUGCUCUGUGUGGCUGUUCGUCCUCUGGUUCUACCCCCCAGGGAAGCAACAGCAUCUGGCCCAGCCAGAACCAAACAGGGGGUCCUGCCUGGCCGGCACAGCCCACCCAGCCCCCAUCUUGCUGGCCUGGGCAACCCAACACCCCCUGCUGGCCUGGGCCACAACCAUCCCAACCAGCCCCAGCUUCAGCCCAAAACUGGCCUGGUCCCCAACCACAACCGCCCCAACCAGCCCCAUCCCAUCCCUGCCAGCCAUGCUGGCCUGGACCCCAGCCUCCCCAAUUCCAGCCCCAGCCUCCCCAACCCCAGCCGCAGCCCCAACCUCAGCCUGCACCCCAGCCUUUUCAACCUACAGCUUCAGCCCCGGCUUCUUCCCAAGUCCCCAGCCAGCCUAGUGCCUCAAGGUGGCCGGUUACCCAAGGCCUUAUCCCAGGUGUUAACCCAGGGUCUGGAUGGCCUUUCAGCCCUGGUCAGUCUGGUUGGCCUGGUCAGAAUCCAGGUGGCUUUACACCUGCUCCACAGUGGACUCCAACGCCAGCUGGACAUCUGAGCGUGCCCUACAACCUGAACCUACAAAGGGGCAUCUACGACAAGAUGAUGAUCACCAUCAUGGGCCGGGUCAAACCAAAUGCUAAGCAGUUCACAGUGAACUUUGUGCGAGGUAAUGACAUUGCCUUCCACCUCAACCCUCGGUUCAACGAUGGGGGCAAGCAGGCAGUGGUGAGGAACACCAUGGUGGGAGAGAGCUGGGGGAAGGAGGAGAGGCACACACAGGGAGGCUUCCCCUUCAUGGCUGGACAGUCCUUUGAGAUGAAGAUUCUGGUUACGUUUGAGGAGUUCAAGGUGGCUGUGAACGGAGCUCAGCUGUUUGAGUUCAAACACCGCGUCAGAGAACUCAACCAGAUCGAUCGCAUCAACAUCCUCCAUGAUGUCAUCCUCACCUACGUCAACAUAGACACAAUACCAUGACAUCCACACCCAUGACAUCACUAUACAGCAUAUAACACCCAGCAUGUGCUAAAUACAUACAAUUAAUUAUUUGCACCUGUUUCAUCAUGAUGAUGAUGAUGAUGAUGAUGAUAAUGAGCUGUGUUCAUUCUGUGGUGCACACACAGUACUGCGUUAAUGCCCACUAACUCUGUCCAUGUGCAAAUAUACGUGAUCUUAGGACAACAACAAAAAACUUCUGCAAUGUUCUUUACUGCGACACGUUGCUUUCAUCAAGAGAAAAGUAAACUGUUUCCAGCAAUCAGCAAAUAUAAGCGCACAAAAUUGUUAGCGGCUCUAUCCGUUCCAAAUCAUGCAUAAUAUAAGGAAAGAGCUAAGCAACGGGGACCGUCUAUUUUAAAAUGCUUUUUUAAACUCAUCAUCUCCAACAUUGUGAGUAUCCAUUACAGAGCUUUGCUUUGGUGUAGUUUGAGGCCUGUCCAUUCACAACAGUUGUGUUCUUCUGAAUUCCCUCUCCCUGAUGUCUGUUGGGGAUUCUUUUUCUGCUUGCCAAUGCAAAGUCUACAAACCUACCGUGUAAAAGCAGACCGACCUACGUAUUGAAUACAUGGGAAGAAUCCUGCACAACGUGCAUAUUCUGCAUUUAAUUUCUGAUCGUGAACAAGUAUAUGAUUCGAUGUGUAUGAAAAUGAUUGGUGACAUAUGAGUAAUUUACCAUAAUUUGUAAACCUUUUGAUAGUUUAAUUUCCAAUUUUGAUUGUUUAGUGACCGCAAAGACGUUAAUGAAAGGAUUAAGUGGGAUAUUUUUCAAGGCAUACCUCUCGUCAGCUUGACUCUAGAGAUAUGCAUGUAUAGUUUUUAUUACUCUUUAUGCAGGCAGUUAUGUUCUUUUGAUUUAUUUGAUGUUUUGAGAAGGCAACUACAUUUUCAAAAUGCAUUUACUGUUUUGAAAAAGGCCACAGAGUUCUGAGACUUGUGUACACUGAAUAUUUUCCAGAUAAAAUACAGCUGGCAAUAUAUAGUUUUUCUCAAUUUCUGGAA